UGUUGCACUGCACACCUGCCGUGCUACAUGGAUGAGUUAAAAACAAUUGACAAAUGAGCAGCGCAAGUUAAAAAUUUGGACAAAAACCUCCAGACUGGAUUAUGUUAACAUGAAAUUGAUCUGUGAAUGGCACCAGUGGAGGUUGUAAUUUGCUUCAGGAUUUUAUGGGAUCUUAAAAAAAUAAGCAUGCUUCAUAUGGUGGAGGAGGACAUUUUGUAAGCAAGAAAACACUCAUAACUACAGCAUCUCUCACCAAAACCCACAACCGCCCCAGCAACGGAACUGACAGAGACACACGCUAAUGGAGGAGGAAAACUUUUGCUCCUCUCUGCCUGAUAUCACAGCUUCAGUCCUUCAGCAGCCUCAACAAGACUCAUGGACCUCUCACGACCACCAGUACAUCAACGGAGAGCAGGAGACUGCUGUAUGCGACAGCACAGAGGUGCAAAUAAACCAGGCGCAUGGGACAGAUCAACUCUCCCCAAAGGCAGGACGAGAAACGCCUGAGGAGGCAGAGCAGUGGGAGCAGAUAAUAUGGCCAGUGCGCUCCAUGACCUGCACCAGUGCUCCGCUCUCCAUAGCCACAGUGCAGUGGGACAUGCCACAUCCCUCCGCAGAGAUGCCUUCACUCAUGACUGACAGCAGCUUGGCCAAUGAGCCGGACUCUGGCAGCAUGACGAGUCUAGACUCCACUUCCCCGUCGCUUCAAUCUCAAGACGUCAGUGCUGAGCUUUUCAUACAGGACGACAGAGGGGAAGGAGAUGGGUUUGAUUCACGGCUGCUCAUCUCGAAUCUAGAGUGGGCAGGAAACAGCUCUGAGCCAUGUGAUGCUGUAGAUACGCAAGAAUCGCCGACACAGGAAAGGGAAGAUCCAACACAUGAGCUAAUAGACAGCGAUAACGAAAUCCCUCCGAGGACAGACUCUGAAGAAGAGGAGGGACGCUCAGCAACAUCAGAUCCUGUUGAAACUGUGGACUUAACUGAUAUUCCUGAACAGACUGACGUGACAGAAGAUGAGGCGGGCGGUUUUGUAGAUUUAAAAGUAGAAGAGGAACAGGAGGGGUCCGACAUUCUGCUGACUGGACAGGGAGACUCAGAGGAAGGGCGGACUUCAACGAACGGUGUUGAGACUGAAGAAGAGACCGAGGAGGGAGAAGAGGAGGCGAGUGAGACAAACGUGUCCUGCACUGAAGAAAGUGAAGAGGAAAAAGCUGUCAGUUGUCUAAAUGAUGUGGAGCUUCUUGCAGUGCCACUUCAAACUGACGAUACUGGACCAGCCAUAAACCCAGAUAAGCUAAUCGAUCUGCAGCAGUCGGGGCUCUUGGAGGAGAGGCGGCACUCAGGGAGUGAAGAGGACAUUGUGAUGCUAGAGCGGUUAUAUGAAGAUCCCACAAGUCAGACUGAAGACCCAGAAAUGUGCAAAGAUGUUGAUCAGAAUGUGGACCCUGCGCAGUCAGAGGCUGUCGACGACGACGAAAAACUGUUGAUACAGGCGGCAGAUAAUUUGGAGAGGAUAGACAACUCAGCAGAGAUAGCAGAGCUGACUGAAAAACUGGAGGAGACCAUUUGUUUAGAACAACAAGAUUGCAACCAAACGACAUCACAGGACGUAGAGCUGUCACCUCAGCCUGAACACGCUGAGUCCGAACAGCUUGAGAUGACCGAAGAGUCAGAGCACAUCCAAGCAGAGGUGUCACUAGACUCUGACCGACAUCUGGAUCAGACACCAGAGAUGGAAGUGACGGAAGAGUCAACCCGACCUGAACAUGCAGACCUGCCAGAGUCUACUCAGUCAGAGCAGACAGUUUGCGUUGAAGCUGAAGACCCCGGAGUGGCGGAGCAGCAAGAACAGACGGAGCCAUCAGAGCAGAAUGAGCAGCCGCUGCAAACGACCGACUUGUCUCAGCCGACCCUCUCAGAGCAGCUUGUGCAGCCAGAGACAGAUGAGUCAGAGAUAACAGAGCAUCUGUCUUCUGAGGCCGAGGUCACACAGCAGACAGCAGAAUCAGAGUCCAAUCAGGUGGACAAACAGGCUGAGGUGUUACAACAGGGUGAAGAAGUAGAAGGUGCUGAGGACGGAUCUGUGCAAGUAGUUGUUGCAAAUGGAGGGCAACCCAACCCCCCCGAGACAGCAGCGCCUCAUAUGAAUGGGGACGAGGUGAACAGAGAGAUGGCCCGCCACCUCGCUGUGCGGCUGUUUAAGUUGGAUGGGAUCCAACGUGUGGACGUGGUGAAGCACUUAGACAAAGAUAAUGACUUCAGUCGUGCUGUCGGGGAGGAGUACCUUAAACUCUUUGACUUCACUGGGGAAAGUCUGGAUCAUGCCCUGAGAUCUUUUCUGAAAGUGGUGGUACUGAUUGGAGAGACGCAGGAGAGAGAGCGUGUGCUGCAGCAUUUCGCCUGCCGCUUCCAUCGGUGCAACCCUGACUCCUUCCCCUCUUCAGAAUCCGUGUUGGCGCUCACAUGUGCUUUGAUGCUUCUCAACACUGACUUGCAUGGACAGAAUGUAGGAAAAUCCAUGUCCUCUUCUAAAUUUGUGUCCAACCUUGAUGGGAUGAAUGAAGAUGAAAACUUCAGUAAGGAUCUCUUAAAGAGCCUUUACAAUGCCAUAAAGAAUGAACCGCUGGAGUGGGCUGUUGAUGAGGAGGAACUGAAGAGCACCGUGUUGGUGGACGAAGACACAGGAGAAGAUGCACCACUGCGUUCAAAAGCCAACCCCUUCCAGGAUGUUCCUCACGACAAGACGGCCUCCGUGGUCAAACAGGGAUUCCUCCAGAGAAAGCUGCACGCUGACAUUGAUGGCAAACGCACUCCGUGGGGGAAAAGAGGCUGGAAGACUUUCUACGGAGUGCUCAGAGGAAUGGUCCUCUACUUACAGAAGGAUGAUUACAGGAAGGAGCAGCCGACUAACGAGGAGGUGGUGAGUGUGCACCACUCUCUGGCCGAGCAGGCAGCUGACUACACCAAGAAGCCGCACGUCUUCCGUUUGCAGACGGCUGAUUGGAGGGUUUUCCUCUUUCAGGCCUCAUCCAAAGUGGAGAUGAAUUCAUGGAUCAGCCGCAUCAACCUGGUUUCGGCUCUUCACUCCUCGCCCCCGUUCCCCGCCGCUGUGGGCUCUCAGAGGAGGUUCUUCAGACCGAUCCUCCCCGCCUCGCAGUCUGCUCAAUCUCUGGAACGUCAGCUGCAGUCUCAUGCAGGAAUGCUGGAGUCCUUCAAGGCGGACUUGCUGUACCUGCAGCAAAACCUCCCAGAGGGCAAAAAAGCCAAAGCCAAGGAGCUGGAAGAGUAUCGCAUCAGAGCGCAGUACCUGCAGCACGAGAUGUGUCGCUAUGAGAUCUACAUCCAAGGGCUGGAGGCCUGGAAAAAGGUGAAGAAGACAACAGUAAACAGUAGGCUGAGCAUCGCAGACCUGAACGUGUUUGAUAAAGCCGUGUGUGCAGACUCUGUGGGGGAGGAAGAGGAGGAGGAAGGUGGGCUGAAAAAGUCCCACUCCAGCCCGUCUUUAGACCAGGAGUUGGCUCCUACGCCGCUGAUCAAGGUCAGACGCAACAUCUCGGAAAGACGGACUUAUCGCAGGACCAUCAUUCCUCGAUGGAAUAAAGAGGCCUGAAAGGUGAUUUAUGAACAGUUAAAAAUACAGAUUUAUAUGUUUCAGCUGUGAUCUAACGGGACGUUAGUUUUUUUUAUGGAAGCACUGAGCAGAGAAGCAGAAAUCUGCCUCAGCAAAAUACUGUUUUGUUGACAACAAUAUUGUGACAGCUGUUUUUAUUUUCACCUUGUGUGUGUGUGUGUGUGUGUGUGUGUGUGUGUCAUCAUGGCAAAAUGUGGUCCUGGAGACACUUAUUGUAGCGGGACCUACCAACACGUUUUCAUCCCAAGUCAUCACAUGUUGCCACUUUGCAGUGGACUUCUAUGUCUACAUAUUACGCUCUAGGUAUCCUUCUGUGUCUGGUCUUUACGUUCCAGGAUGACGCUACCAUGAUGUCAACAUAUCACACGCGGAUGAUUAUGUAUAAAGAGGCCCACUGUUACGUGUAGAAAAACAAAACACAUUCAGACGGUGUAUAAAUCAGGAGCACGAAGGGACCAAACAAACCCUGGAUUUUCAUGUGGGAGUCUGGUGUUUCUUCCAUCCCUUUGUGCUUCUUAUAUAACUUUAAAAAAUAUAUAUUUUGGGGGCUUUUUUGCCUUUAUUUGAGAGGGGGGUGGAGAGAAGAUGACAUGUAGCAAAGCGCAGACGUUAAAAUCGAACUUGUGGCAUAGCUGGCGUAACCGAGGGCUUAGCCUCUGUACAUGGGGCACACUGAGCAGCGGCAUUUCAACUCGGCGCCAUAUAGUGACACGUCAUGCGGACGCAACAUAUUCCUUCCAGCCGCGUCCUCGGCUGUCGCUGCCCGUCUAUGUAUCAUGCUGCCGCAGCAGGCCAGGGUGCCGGUGAGGUGUAAUAACACAGCCGACAGCUCUGUCCGGCUGCGUUCUCAGCUGACGUAGUCCAGCAGCGUAUCAUGUGGACGAGAUUGGUGGCUUUUACCAUCAGUAUCUUACACCGAAAGUACUGCAAAAACAUCUGUAUUUGACAAUUUCGGAGUGAGGCUGUACCUAUCACAGGAGCGGUUUUGAGUGCUUUGCCAGGUGUUUAUGUGUCUGUAUGCCUCUGGACAUAUUUUGUCGACGUGAUAUCGUUGCAGCUGUGAUCAGUCCCCGGCCCACAUAAAUUUCAAGUCGCAGAUCGGCAUCAAGUCUGCAAUGUUUCCACUCUGCAACAUGGUCUGUAGUUUUUUGUUUUUCUGCAUUUUUAUCUUGUGCACUUUUACAAACCGAAGCCUCAGGAAAUAACGAACCCUCCGUUUCUGAUUCUGAUUCAUUUGUUGAGGGACUCAAGGUGUCUGGACCUAAUUAUCAGUUCUGUUGAGUUGACUUUGUACUGUGGUGGUAUGAAAACAGAACAGAGUUGCUUUCAUUUAUUAUUUUUAUUUUAGGGGACAGAAAUGUGCCUUUGAAGUGAAAACCACUAGAGGGUGCUGUAGUACAGCACAUCUCUGAGUGAAGAGGAAAGGAUGUGCUGUUUUUAAAAGAAUCCUACUUGCACUUUUAUGUUUUUAAUUAUGUGUAUAAUAUGUUGAUGUCACCGUUAUACAUCAUUUUCAAAUGAAGGGCAAAUUUCCAGUGUAUGUUUCUUUUUCUCUUUGGGGAAAAAUAAAAUGUUCUGUAGAUCA